AUGAUGAUGAAAUCAACUUUCGCACCCCUCUUUCUUCUUGUGGCCUUGAUUGCUCUUUCUACCACUCAACAAGUGAAAGCUCAAGAUGUUACGCCUACGACCACUCCUACGACCACAGCCAAUGCCGAUCCAGUGACCUCAGGAUCGGGAUCGAAACCCACCAUCACAGGAGCCCCCUCAGUCCCAGGGGGCAAUUUCACAACCAUGCCCAACUUUUCAUCCUUGGCCACCAUGAUUGCAUCCUAUGCAACAGGUCGAUCUGUUCAUCCUGGAAAUGCCCCUACUUCUAAACCAUCUCCCAGCUCUGCAGCGGCUUCUAGUUCUCUCUUGACGGAAGCUUCUCGUUCCUCUUUGAUGGCCGGUAUGGCUUUGGUCAUCGUUACAACAUUGAUGUCUGCCAUUGGAACUGUUGCUUUCUAA